AUGCACAGACGCGUGGAUACCCGGUUAAAGAUUGAUGAUGGCUGUCUGAUUUUUCCUGAUGGACAUUGCACGGAACAAAAUCCACUACUAACACUUCCAUAUGGCACUGAAUAUCGUGAACAUGUGAAAGACCUGUCGUGCAUAUCGAAGGAUCCAUGCCGAGUUGUUAUUGUUGAUAACAACCCGUUCAGCUUCUUGCUGCAACCAUUGAAUGGCUUUCCAUGCAUUCCGUUUUCUGCUGGACAACCACGCGAUGAACAGCUUUUGGAAGUCAUCCUUCCACUUCUCAAGCAUCUUUCUCGGCAAAAGGAUAAUCGAUUCCCAGCUGAAGAAGACGUCGAUUCUCAGCUGAAGAAGAAGUCGAUUCCAGAAAUUCUGGGUUUCACUGAACAUUCACAGCUAAGAAGACGCCGAAGACAUGGAUUCCCUGCUAAGAAGACGCCGAAAAUUCUGGAUUUCACCCUCUCCCCUUCUUGA